AUGUACUGCCAGCACGACCCAGAUGCCAUUAGUCUUUCUUUGCCUUCGCUUGGCUUUGGUUCUCUACCCCUUCACACAGCUGCAAGCAAUGGCCGCAGUUCUUGUCUUAAACUCCUUCUGGCCGCUUCUUCCCCUCCUGUUCAACCUAUUUCGGAUCGGGGGCGCUAUGGUCGACCGAACGGUGCAGCUCAAUUUGGCAUCUGCUCUUCUCGCGGCCACUCACUGCCCCGUUCGGUGUCGAAUUACUGGCCUCGUAGUAAGGUUAAUCAACAAUGGCGGCCGGUCGCGCGACUACUCGCCCCACCGUGCUUAGGAUCCGCAGCUUAUUGCCGCUUUGUGCAGAUAAAGGACUACAUGAUGGAAGGAGAGGCCUUGGGCGAUGGCUACGCUGCCUCCACGCAACUGUACGCCUGUAGCCUGAAUGGUCUUUCUGCCACGUAUCGCGCUUCGUUUUGGUAUGAGACUAUUCGUUAG